GUCGAGGAAACACCAUGGAGUCGCGUAUUCAUACCUACCAAUGGGUCUACAAGUUCCUCGGCUUGUGUUACUUUUUGAUAGCUGUGGUUUUCGUAAUAUAUGGUUCAAACGUGUCGUGGAGUACGAAAAUCAAGCAAAUUCGGAACCCAAAUCUAUCGCGAAUUUCGGAAUCGGAAGACAAGCCGGAACCACAGCUAUACUAUCUGAAAACCUCCAAGUGCCACAUCCCCUAUGUGGAUCCCUUCAACGACGAAGUAAUGGAAAUAUACAAGCCGCAAACACUAAUCACCUGUUCAAAUGAGACCGAUCUCAUAUUGACAGAAUACAACGCCAGUAUUAAGCGACAUGUUUUGCACAUCGAUGAAAAAGUGGCUCUUAAAUUGCUGAACUUUACCGAAGCGGAGUACAAUUGCUUUUACCGGGAAAUCAAAUACGGGGAUCAAGCAGAAACCUUUGACAAACUCGGGGAGAAGAAGUACUUUACCAAUGGAUAUGAGGUGCCUCUGCAUGUGGAGGGGAUGAUCGUCGAGUGCCAGUUGGCAAAGGAUCCAAAAGUGGUCCUCCAGAAGGACGCCUUUACGUUCGUCCAACAUCGACCUCUGCCCAAGAACCUUGAAAGCCCGAGGGGCACUAGAAAACCAAGUGUCAUUAUGUACGGCAUCGAUUCGCUAUCCCGGAUUAAUCUACGCCGUACUAUGCCCAAGGUCUUUAAGUUCCUUCAGGGUCCUGGGUGGUACGAGAUGAAGGGAUACAACAAGGUGGGCGACAACUCAUUUCCCAAUAUAAUCGCCAUUCUCAGUGGAUACUCGGAAACUACGGCCAAGGAACAGGUGUGCGAUACUAACAAAGCGGGCUGCUUGGACGAAAUGCCAAUGAUAUGGAAGUACUUCAAGAAUGCCAGCUAUUUGACGGGUUAUGCAGAGGACGAGAGUGACUCGAAUCAUUUUACCUAUUUGAAGCCCGGUUUCUCAAAAAAACCCACGGACUUCUACUUUCGCCCAAUGCUACGGGCUUUGGAGACCGAAUUGGAUGUGUACCGAUUGCCUUACAUGCGAUAUUGUUUGGGCCGUAGAAUGGCAAAUCGUUAUGUUUUCGACUAUGGACGCCAGUUUACGAAGCGCUUCGUUCACGAGCGACCCAUUUGGGGUAUGUUCUGGUCGAAUCACUUCAGUCACGAUGAUCCCUUUAUGCCUUCGUCCAUGCAGGAGAAGGUUCUCGGGGAUCUGCUCGACUUCCAAGAGGACGGGGACUUGGAGGAAAUGAUUAUGAUAUUCUUUGCCGACCACGGUACCAGAUUUGGUCGCUUAACAGAGCUGCAGGAGGGAUUCCUGGAGGAGCGGCUGCCCAUGAUGUUCAUUCACCUGCCUCCCUGGUUCCGUGAGACAUAUCCCUCCUAUGCGCAGGCACUAGAACUAAAUCAGCACAGGCUAAGUUCCAACUUUGAUCUGCACAACACACUAAAGCACAUCAUCGAGAUUGGAGGUACCCCAGAUGGCCCGAAACUACCCAAGUCCUUCGACUGCCCCACCUGCCAGUCGCUGUUCCAUCCUCUGCCGGAGGAUCGCACCUGUCCACAGGCGGGCAUCGAGGAGCACUGGUGCACCUGUGAGCCCUACAGAAUUAUCACAGGACAGGAGUGGACGACUCCCAUUGCCCAUAGUGUGAUCGAUCGGAUGAACGAGUAUUUCGUGCACAAGAAUCUCAACCGCCUUUGCAGCAAUCUGACGCUGAACUAUAUCCACAAGACUGAGAUCAAAACGGGUCCGAACUUGGAUUAUUUCAAGGAUCUGAGGCAGGAGAGCGCCGUAUAUCGCAUAAAGUUCAAAGUAAAUCAAAAUGGCGCUGAUUUUCAAGCCACCGUGGUCUAUAAUAAUUCCACUCAAAAAGCAGAAGUGAAUGUGGAAAAAAUCAGCAGAACAAACUCAUACAAGGAAGACUCUACCUGUAUCAAUGACAAGCUUGCCAAACUGUAUUGCAUUUGCUUUGGUGACAUCAAGGCUUAA